UAUCUAUUCUAAAAUUUCGAAAAAUGAUACCGUUUCGGUACCUUUACCCGGGCCAUUUAUGUUGCCUAUAAUCGGCAAUGUUCAUCAAAUAAAACUACCGAUUCACAAACAUUUUUCAAAAUUAUCUGAAAAAUAUGGUCCAAUUUAUAAACUUCAAAUGGGAAUAAAAACUUGGGUGAUUAUCAAUGAUGCCAGAAUCGUAAAAGAUUUAUACGUGACAAAAGGAACCAUCUAUAAUUCUAGAGAGAAUACGAAAAUACUUGGACAAAUUUAUCUGAGAGGAGGCAAGAAUCCUGUCCUUUGUCCCUAUGGAGAAUAUUGGAAAGCACAGCGCGCUCUUUCACAAGUGGGGCUUCGACUUCAUAACAUCGAUAAUCAUUAUUUUCCCAUUAUACGUGAGAUGACUGAUGAAAUGAUCAAAAAAAUUUUGUCAUAUAAUGAAGAGGCUAUCAAUCCAUCGCAUGAUAUUUAUUAUUAUUUGGUAAGAAUAUUGGUAUUAUGUGUAUUUGGAUAUAGUUCAAAAGAAUUGGGUGAAAAAUACAUAGAUAUUGUUAAAGAAUCAAUUGUUUUAUUGGAUCCUAAAACAUCAAUCGUUGAUUUUUUUCCCUGGACGGAAUGUUUACCUUUUAAUCAAAGAUAUAUUAAGUAUGCAAUGGAAGCAAGAGCACGUGUUGACAAAGUUUCUGAAGAGCUUUUAAAUGAUUUACAAAAGAGAAUGAAUGAACCUGGUGGAGAAAAGAUUAAUUGUUUUGCCGCAGAAGCUCUAAGAUCUGUCAAAUUUGUUGAUAUUAACCCUUCCCCUUUUGUUCAAGACUAUGGAAAGAAAGAUAAAGUGGAUGGAUUAUACCCUGUAGAUAUUUAUGAUUUUAAUUAUCUUAAUAGCUCUUUUAUGAUUGGUGGUACUUCUACCAGCAUUAAUGCCACAAGAUUUCUGAUUGCAUACGUGGCACAAUAUCAAAAUGUACAAAGAAAAGUUCAGGAAGAGUUGGAUAGUAUUGUAGGUAAAGGAAACUUUGCUACUACAAAACAUUUGGAUGAUCUUUGUUACCUUCAAGCUACCCUUAAAGAAGUUUUGAGAUUAAAUCCACCAUUUGUAUCAGUUCUUCCACAUGCUUCCACUGAAGAUGAUAUCUAUAAAGGUUAUUUUAUACCAAAAGAUUCGACAAUUUUGAUUAAUCUCAUGGGGAUUAGUCGUGACCCAGAAUUCUUUUCUGAUCCUGAUGCUUUUAUACCGGAACGUCAUCUUGACGAAAAUGGAAUCCUAAUAAAAUAUGAUUUACAUGAUAUAUCGUUUGGUAAAGGUCGCAGAAUGUGCAUAGGAAGAGAUUUAGCCGAAAGAAAUAUUCUAGUUAUUAUUUCUUCUAUUUUAUCUUUAUUUAAUAUUGAAUGUGAGAUUGAUGAUAAAAUCGGCGAAAAAAUUGAUAUUAAUUUAGAACCAAUUGAGAAUGGGUUUGAAUUUAUACCAAAAGAUUAUAAA